GAGCUUGUCUGAUUACAUCCUUGUUAUCAUAAAUAGGAUCAAAGGUCUUGUAUUGUAUAGGGAAGAGGUGGGUUAUACCACGUGACUUAAGGGUUUUCCUGGAUACUUUACUGAUACAAUACUUCUUAAAGUCACUCUCUGGGGGAGGUCCUUCAUCUUCCUCUUCUCCUUUACUCUUUACAGACUCACCAUUAGCAUCUUUGAGGCGUUUCACCUCAUGGACAUCUUCAGACUAAAAGGAAUCAUGAGUAUUUUAAACUAAGAAAGAACUCUAGAAGUUACCACGUGGUAAGAGGUUGUGCAUGUGGGUGUAACCAUAGGCGUGGCAUUCAUAUGAUCAUUUUCAGACAUUUUGUUCCGAGUUUUGUCCUCAUUUUCAAGUUGUCCGGCACUCGCAGUUGAAGCCUAAAAUCCAGUCAAUCGAAACUGAAGAACUUUUAUCAAUGGCAGAGAGAAGGAAGUCUAAAGGGCCAAAAGGGAAUGAGGGAGAGGAAGGAACUGAUGGUUCUAAACAGAAAGGUGGGGGCGGGGAAAAGGAUUAUCAGCAGAAGAAAUCAAGAAUAGGUGGAGCUGCUCAUUUUGUUCACAAGCGAGUAACAGGACAACCGAAACCGGCACCUAAAAAGACAGAAAAAAAGAUUGAGCUUUUUUCUAUGCCACUCACUGAUGACAAUGAUAUUGUACUACCAUCAACUGAAAGAGCCACUCCUCCUACUGCAAUGGAAUAUGAUCAUGAUGUGUCCUCCUUUCUGCCAGAGGCAGUAGUACCACAGCAAUCCAGUGAUGAUCCUGAAUUGAGUCUCAAACUAGCAAGAAUUGAAAUGGAGAAUGAACGGUACAAGAGAGAGCUUAGAGACAAGGAGAGACAAAUAAAAGAAUAUGAAGAAGACAUCAUUAAAUUUAGAACGCAAAUGAGUCGGAGUGGAGGAGAAAUUUUGCCGGUAAUAGUAGACCAAUCAGCUACACAAAAACUAACAAAAACUAUACAGCAACUGGAGAGGGAGGAGGAAGAACUAAUAGAAGAGAGGAAGGAGCUGGAGCAAAAACUGACUGCAAAGAGUGGAGAGCAAAUAAUGCAUGAUAGAAUUACCCACUUAACACAAUUACUGAAGAAGGAAAGGGAAGAAAGAAGAAAAGCAGAAAUUUAUAUGAUUGAGUUGGAGAAGAAGCAUGCGAUAGAGCUGGAGGGGAUUAAACUAAAAGUGACUACAGCUAAAGCACUGCAGGACAGAGAGGAAGAGGCAGUGUUGAAAGAAGUAGAAGAUUUAAAGAAUGAAGCCAAAAUGAGAAAAGAGGAUAUUGAAACUCUUGAAGCUCAGGUGGCAGAAGCAGGUGAUGCUUAUAAGAAGUUAGAAGCACAACUUAAGAAACAAGAAGAAGAGAUUGAGGCUCGUGUAAAUGAGAGGCUCAGAGAAGAAGUUGAUAAACAUCUUCGUGAAACCGUGAAAGCUCAGUUAACUACCCAAAAAAUUGAUGAGCAGAAGAAAGUCUUUGCAGCUCAUGUGAAAGAGAAGGAAGAUAAAGUGAAGACACAGUAUGAGGUAUUACUAGCUUCUAAAGAGAGGCGUAUAAAGGAACUGGGAGCUGAACUGGAGGAAAUAAUGGAACAAUUGAAACAGAAAGAAGAAACUGAGCUCAAUUUACGAGAAGAAAUAACUUACCUACAAUUAAAGAUUGAUCCUGGUGAUGGUGCUUCUGCUAACAAUAGUCUAUCAGAAGAAGAUAAGCUGAGGAGAGAGCUGGAGGAUCAAGCUGCCAGAGUAAGAGACCUUGAGGAAAUGAUUGGUACAGCCUCAGUGGAAAAAGAUAAGCAAGAAGCUGUGGCAGAAUUUGAAAUACAGAUGAAAGACAAAGAUGAAAAGAUUCAAAAGUUAAAGGGACAAGUACAAAAUGAUGCUUUAUUAUCAGUGGAGCUGAGGAAGUUACUUGAAACAAAUGAAAAUCAAUUGGCUGACACAAAGAAAAUUAUUGAAGAGUUAGAAGAUGAUCUGAGUAAUAAGGUGGUAGAAAUUGAAGAUUUAAAUGACGCAUUGACAGAAAAAGAGAAAGAAAUAAUUAGACUAAGAGGAAUCGAUAACAAAGCUACUGAAAUUGUAGCACAAGAGAAGAAGCAAAGUACUGUAAUGCAACUAAAGGGACAGAUUGAUGAGCUUCUUAAGAAAAAUAAAGCACAAGAAAGACAAAUGGUAGAUUUAGUUGAGAAAAUACAAUUAAAGGAAGCAGAGAAUGCAAUAUUCAAGCAAGAUUUUGAAAGAGAGAGGAAUGACCGAGUAAAAAUAAAUGAUCAACUAAUAAAAAUGCAAGUACUACAUGAAUUAUUAAAGCAAGAAUCAGUUGAGAAAGAGAAAGAAGCACAAAUGAAGCUUCAUAACCUCAUACAAUCAAACAGUUCUUUAGUGUGUGAUUUAGAAGAGAAUAGGAAGGAAAUAGCUACUAAAGGUGCUGAAAUUGAAUCUUUAGUUAAAAAGAAUGCUCAACUGGAGAAACAACACAAUGAAGAAAUGAGAAAAAUAAAAAAGAAACUCAAAGAGUCAGAAGCAGCAGAGACGGAAAAAAUGAAAGAAAUGGAAGAAAUAAUGGAAGUGCUAACAGCACAAGUGAAUGCUUACAGUCAUGAAGUAGACAAGCAAAAAAGAUUAGUAACUCAGAGUCAAGAGAAACACAAAACUGAGGUUAAUCAGUUAAAUGAGAGGCUUGCUAAUGAAAUAAAAUCCAAGCAACAAAUAACUGUUGAGUUACGAGAGAAAUCAAAACAACAAGUACAGCAACUACAACAAAUGUUUCAGGGUGCAAAUGAGAGGCUUGCUAAAGAAAAGCAACAACUGGAUAAUAAGCUGGAUAAGAUGAGACAACUGUUAGAUAACGUGUCUGCUGAUAAAGAAAAAGCAAUGAGAGCAUAUCAUCAGGAACAAGCAAUGGUUACUAGACUGAAGGAUCAAGUAGAAGAAAUAAAGCAAGCUAAUAGAGCAUUAGUAACAUCACCAUCAGAAAAAAACAGCUGGAAAUUGAGUCAUAGAGAAAUUUCUCUCUCAGGAGAAGAGCUGGGUAGAGGAGGAUGGGGUGUGGUGUGGGUUGGCCAAUUAAGAGUUGCUGUAAAGCAGUUACAUGAAACAAUAGAGAGCCAACAUAAUAUGGACUUGUUUCAUCAUGAAAUUGAUACAAUAUCACAGUUACGUCAUCCUAAUCUUGUUCAGUUUAUUGGAGCUGUAUUAGACCAUCCA